UGUACUUUCAUUCAUUAUUUUUAUUCUAAUUUUAUUAUUUCCAAAUGUUUUAUCUUCCCUCUUCUAUUUAAAUGCAAUAUUAAAUCCUAAACUCGGUCUUUAGCCCUCGUUUGUCAGAUAUACUUUUUUAACUCUAAGCGACGCUGUUGGUCUGUAAAAGAUUUUCCUUGUAUCUCGUCACCAAGCCUGUCCUCAUGCAGAAUGUGCAGAGGAGGCGGUUCGUUUUACUUUGUUACAAAUUCAAGGUGGUAGCUGUACUGCACUGACAAAAGAAGACUUGGAAAAUCAAAACAUUUCGGACAGUUAUCGCUGAUACCUUUAAAUGAUGGAGGAUAUAAUAUACGUGUCCCUCGCAUGGAUAAAAUGGCGACUAUUUUCCGGGAUGCAACGGCAAACGGGGCUGCUUGUUUUUCUGCUUUAUUUCAUUUACAUGGCGGACGGACAGAUUCGCUAUUCUGUACCCGAGGAGCUGAAGAAGGGCUCCGUCAUCGGUAAUGUGGCACAAGAUCUCGGUUUGGAUGUAAAACGGCUCCGAUCUGGACGCGCCCGUAUUGUGACCGGAGAAAACGUUCAUUACACCGAGCUGAAUGCAGACAAAGGGAUCCUCCUUGUGAACGAAAGAAUCGACAGAGAACAGCUUUGUGGAGAUGUUACGCCUUGCAGCUUCAGCUUUGAGAUGAUUUUGGAAAACCCGAUGGAACUGCAUCGGAUUACUGUGGAGGUUCUGGAUAUAAAUGAUCACGCUCCGGUCUUUCCAAGCAAAGAUAAACCAAUCAGGUUUGAAGUCAGCGAAUCAGCUGCAAUCGGGGUGCAGUUUCCGCUGCAGACCGCAGAGGAUUUAGAUGUAGGCCAAAAUGCCUUGAAAGAUUACGUCUUAUCACCAAACGAUAAUUUUAUACUGAAGCAGCAUGUAAAUGCAGACGGAAGUAAAAAUGUUGAAAUGGUGCUGCAGAAGGCUUUAGACAGAGAACAACGUCCAGAUCUGCAUUUGAAACUAAUCGCAGUUGACGGGGGGACUCCUCAGAGAUCUGGAUCGGUGAAUAUAGACGUGACUGUAUUAGAUGCCAAUGACAAUAUUCCAGUAUUUAAUCAGUCGGUUUAUAAAGCGUCUGUGGUAGAAAACACUCUUAAAGGUACAAGUGUUAUCACCGUGAACGCCACAGACGCUGACAGUGGAUCGAAUGGGCUCAUUUCUUUUAGUCUGUCUAAAACGAAAGGGAGUGCUGCAGAUAUUUUUAGCAUCAAUAACAGCACGGGCACAAUUUAUGUUUCGGGUGAAAUAGAUUUUGAGAAACAGAGAAGACAUGAGGUGCGUGUUGAGGCAAAAGAUCAGGGUGGAUUGAUUGGCACAAGUAAAGUUAUAGUUGAUGUGGUUGACAUUAAUGACAAUGCCCCAGUAAUAAGUGUGAUGUCUUUUUCCAGUCCAAUAGUGGAGAAUGCACCGACCGGUACAACAGUGGCUAUUCUAAACAUUAAAGAUGUUGACUCUGACAAAAACGGUCAAAUUAAAUGUUCCGUAGUCGGAAAACUUCCUUUUAGAAUUGAAUCAUCUUUAACGAACUACUACAAUUUGGUCUUAGAUCAAGAUUUAGAUAGGGAAUCUGUCCCAGAGUAUAACAUAACGGUAACAGCUACUGAUUUCGGUUAUCCUCCUCUGUCAUCGUCAACACAAUUGCAUCUUUCAGUAUCGGAUGUGAAUGACAACGCUCCAUUGUUUGACAAAAGUAGCUAUUCUGCAUUCGUAACAGAAAACAAUCCAAUUGGCUAUUCUAUAUUUUCUGUCAGUGCGCGGGACUCAGACUGGAAUCAAAAUUCCAGAAUCUCAUAUAUUUUAGAAGACACACAGGUUGGUGGAAAUCCAGUCUCUGUUUAUGUGUCUUUAAACGUUGAGACCGGAGUUCUGAGCGCGGUUCGGUCAUUUGAUUACGAGCAAAUAAAAGAGUUUCAACUUGUGGUCAAAGCACAAGAUGGCGGGUCUCCUCCUCUCAGCAGCAAUGUAACUGUGAAGCUGAUAAUUCAGGAUCAGAACGAUAAUCCACCUCAGGUUUUGUAUCCAGUCCAGACUGGUGGCUCCAUGGUGGCUGAAAUGGUUCCUCGUUCAGCAGAUGUGGGCUACCUGGUGACUAAAGUGGUGGCUGUGGAUGUGGACUCUGGACAGAAUGCCUGGCUCUCCUAUAAACUACAGAAAGCCACAGACAGAGCGCUGUUUGAAGUGGGCUUACAGAAUGGAGAAAUAAGAACUAUCCGUCAGGUGACUGAUAAAGAUGCUGUGAAACGACUGACUGUCAUAGUGGAGGACAACGGGCAGCCCUCUCGUUCAGCUACAGUCAUUGUUAACGUGGCGGUGGCGGACAGCUUUCCUGAAGUCUUGUCGGAGUUCACUGACUUUCCUCACGAUAAGGAAUACAAUGACAACCUGACUUUUUACUUAGUGUUGGCUCUGGCUGUGGUUUCCUUCCUCUUCAUCACGUGUUUAGUUAUUAUAUCAGUGAAGAUCUACAGAUGGAGACAGUCUCGCAUCCUGUAUCACUCCAGCCUCCCUGUGAUUCCAUAUUAUCCACCUCGUUACUCAGAUACUUUGGGAACAGGAACUUUGCCACAUGUGUACAAUUACGAGGUGUGCAGGACGACUGACUCCAGAAAGAGUGACAUUAAGUUCGGAGGAGCUGGUAGUCAAAACGUGUUGAUAAUGGAUCCCAGUUCUACUGGAACGAUGCAGCGGAUUCAGAGUGAGAAGAACAUCCUGGAUGAACCAGACUCCCCGUUAGAGGUUUUAAUUUCAAAGAGAGAACAUAUCUCAUUCCUUUCUCGGUGGAAAGAUCCAUUUGUAUCGCCUAGUUUGUACUCUAAGGGACGCUGUUGA